AACAAGCAGUAAGGAGAUUCUGGCAGCAGCGGGAGCUGAGAAUCAGAUUCACCACGAGGAGUGUUGUCACUAUGAGAGACUGUUGGAAGGAUCGCCACGUUAUUCACUCUGUCGGUCUGUCUCUCUGCCAGUCUGAGUGUGUCUCUGCCAGUCUGUGUGUGUGUCUCUGCCAGUCUCUGUGUGUUGAUCCGUAAAGAACAUUGUGGAGUGUGGACCAUGAAGCCGAAUUGUAUUUUACAUCCAGAUCAGCAGAAACAGACAGAAGAGGAACUUGGGACGGGAGGAGCGUGAUAGCUGGUGAUCUCUGAUGAAAACGAGCAGCAAUAGCAGGACCCAACCAACCACUCUCACUGAGGAAACGAUUAACCUGUCGUGGUAUAUUGACCGAAACGGACAUCUGAAGAAUAUUCAAAUGGAACUCCCUUAAUAAAGGGAGGUGUUCAGGACCAGAUAGAAACUGGCCAGUACCGAAACAUCUUUCCUUCAGCACCAAAACAGAAUCUGUUACUGGAGUAACUGGUCAGUACUGAAACAGAAUCUGUUACUGGAGUAACUGGUCAGUACUGAAACAGAAUCUGUUACUGGAGUAAACAUCUUACAGAGGAACCUUCAUCACCAAAAACAUCAUUUCUCACUGAAGAAAGUGUUCAGUACCAAAACAACUCCCUGAGGAAACUGUUACGAACCAAUAUAUCUCUUACAGAAGACAGUUCAGUCCCAGCGAGCUGAGGGGAGUCAGGAUGUUUGGUCCCCGGACGACAUUAAACCCAGGUUGGAUUUGGCUUCGCGUCUCAUUGUGGAGUGGAGGAGAGGAGUGGAGAGAAGAGGUUUCUAUUUGUGCUGAUGGUGUGUGAUCGAAAGAGACAGGACGACAUCGUGAGAUGGCUGAUAAUUCAUCAACGCCAGCAUUUAUAGAAAUACAGAAAUAUGUCAAAUAAUAACAAUGUCUCAUCAAUGUAAUCAAUCAUCAAUGAACAGACAGUGGACUUAAGAUAAACGUGUGGAUUCAGGAGAAUGAAAGUCACUAGUUUGGAUGUCAUAUUCAGGGGAGCACAAGUUGUACAGAGAGGAUAAGGGAGGACAAGUCUCAGACCCUGGCAAGAACAUAGACACUCUUCCUGUAUUGAUUGAGUGAUUUGCGCAACAUGCAAGCGCAACAGGUUAGCUUUGGGCAUGCUAGCGAUUGGUUAGGGUAAGGUUAGCUUUGGGCAUGCUAGCGAUUGGUUAGCUUUGGGCAUGCUAGCGAUUGGUUAGGGUAAGGUUAGCUUUGGGCAUGCUAGCAAAGUGGUCAAGGUUCAAGAUAAGGUUUGUAAACAAAAACACGCCAAAACAACACACCUGGAUUCAAACCGCAUUACAAAGUCCUGGAUUCAAAGUCCUGCACACUACGACCUCUGCCACCCUGUUUCCACUAACAGGCUGGAACAAUCAGAAUGGAAUGGGAUCUUUGAAUGCCCAGACACUGAUUGAGAUGGUCCAUGCACUGGAUAUUCCAACUCAACUGUAAACUAACAUAACCAGCGAAGCAGACUUCAAGUGGACACUAUGAUGUUGUGUGUAACUGGUUUGAGGAGUGUGAGGUGGACGGCUCGGCCUGGUCAGAGGAGUGUGUGCACGUGUGUGACGCAGGUGGUUCUGAUGUGUCUGACUGUCCUGUCUUCCUGUCUGUCCGUCUGGGCUGAAGACCAGAUCAUCUUCGACCACCAUGCUGUCUACUGGAACAGCACAAACCCCAGGUUCCACCAUGACUACAGGGUUGCGGUCAAUAUAAAUGACUACCUCGACAUCUACUGUCCAUUCUACACCAACGGCCCUCCGGCUCACGGUCGAAUGGAACGCUAUAUCCUGUUCAUGGUCAACCAUGAGGGGUACACUUCCUGUCAACACAGGAUGAGGGGGUUCAAACGCUGGGAGUGCAACCGUCCUACUGGUCCUGACGGUCCCCUGCGCUUCUCAGAAAAGUUCCAGCUGUUUACGCCUUUCUCCCUGGGCUUCGAGUUCAGGCCAGGACAUGAAUACUACUAUAUCUCGUCUCCUCAUCCCAACCAUGUAGGGAGGCCGUGUCUGAGGCUGAAGGUGUAUGUCAGACCCCCAGGCAGUUCAGGGUUUGACUCUCCAGAGCCCUUUCUGACUGAUGGAGCUGCAGACUGGAGCCCAGAGUCCCUGCUAGCCCCAGCCCUAAUACCCAGCCUGGCCUCACUGCUACUGGGCUUCCUCUCAUCGCUGUGACCCCCCCUCCACUGGAGCAACACCUAGACCAGUCUUUGCUGGAAGACUGCCUGUAGGACUGGCUGGCUGUCCCUCAAACACCCACAUGCUCAGGGAGAAACUCUCUUUCAGUCCUGGAUUAAAAACCACUGUGGGUCCCCAGGACAAGCAUUUACAGCUCCUGGGCUAAUUCAUGGAUGAAGACGUAACCCUAACCUCCCUGGGGUGUCUGAAGGGACAUGGAUGAAGACUUACCCCUAACCCCCCUGGGGUGUCUGAAGGGACAUGGAUGAAGACUUAACCCUAACCCCCCUGGGGUGUCUGAAGGGACAUGGAUGAAGACUUAACCCUAACCCCCCUGAGGUGUCUGAAGGGACAUGGAUGAAGACUUAACCCUAACCCCCCUGGGGUGUCUGAAGGGACAUGGAUGAAGACUUAACCCUAACCCCCCUGGGGUGUCUGAAGGGACAUGGAUGAAGACUUAACCCUAACCUCCCUGGGGUGUCUUAAGGGACAUGGAUGGGGGGUGGUGGUAGUUGGCUGGACACACACAUGCAUGACCACUGUGAAUCUGGACUGAACUGACGGUUUCUGUUAUGUUUACAUGAUCACAUAUAAUUUAACUGAAGAUGGUUCCACUGAUGUCAUGGUUAUAUUUGAAAUGGACAGUUAAUUAGACUUCCAAAGUGCAGAUUCUGAUCUGACACUCAGAAGCCUUCUGAUGGACAUAGUUACUGCUGCAACCCCCAGCCCACAGAGGGAAGAGGAGAAGGAGGGGGAGAGGGAAACAGGCAGUGUGAGAGAGAAAUAAACAAAGAAAAGGAGAGAGAAAGAAAGAGAGUCUCGGGACCGAGACUUCUUUAAGAGACUUCUUUAAGAGACUUCUUUAAUGUCGGGAGGAGAACAUAAUGAGAAGGCACUGUGUUCACACAAAAACACUGACACGUUUCUACCCCGUUUCAUCUUAUUUUUGUUCCGUUUAAAAGCACCAUCAAAUAUUAAUGAGAGAGAGAGAGAGAGAGGAGAGAGAGACAGAGAUAGAGAGAGACAGAGAGCGACAGAGAGAGACAGAG